ACAGAUUUAAGGUUCAGAGUGGAACAACAGAGUCAUACAGCAUGUCGUGACCUGUUCAUCCCGUCGGGGUUUUAAUCAAUUUGAUACCAUCCUUUCCUCAUCUGAAGUUUAUCGAGAGCUGCGGAAAAUUCGCUGCAUUCAAUCGAAGUACAUAAGUAAGCUUAAUCGCAGCUCAUUCAUCGGAAGAGAGCUAUAGAAUUACCAUCAAAAACACCACACACCGAGUCUAUCAUUUUCGCUUCCAACUCGUCAAUAUGAAGUUCAUUCUCCUCCUCGCUUCCGCCGGAGCCGCCAUGGCUUUUGUCGAGUGCCGUACACCGACAAACGCUGAGCUCUUCAAAAACUGCCAGACUCAAGAACAGCGGGAUGGCUGCAAGGGCCAGUGCAUCAAGCACUGCUCGGAUACAACCGCAAACUUGGCCGUCUGCAUCGACAAGGCAAACAAUGACUUUGACUGCGUCUGCGGAACCCAGGCUGGCAGGGGUCCUGGAUUCAGCUGAGAUGAUGAAUGAGUCUUUGCAUAUUCGUUUUAGUGUGGACCGAGCAUGGCGUGCCUUGUAUUUGAAUCAAAAAAAGGGGAAUUUUGUCUGAAGAGC